AGAGAAUAAACACUCCCAACCCACCAACAUCGACGGAACCUCACCUUGCCUGCUGUGAAUUUUGGACUGCUUAGCAACGCCAUCCGCUGAUGCGCCGCCACACCGCACCCUCGAUCCGGUAGCCUGGCGCCCGUUCAGCGUUUCCAACCCUCCUCUUCCUUCCUUGCAUAGCGCCGACACGACAUCUGCUCGCUCCCUCACAUCAACAUGGCGGCGGUCGCUGGACCAGCCACGCCUCAGCGACCGCUCCCAGGAGCCUACACUGCCACGCCUGCCCCUCCUCCGACCAUCUUCGCAGCGAACGCGGCGUCUCUCCGACAGAACACUCAGCCGCAACAGACAGACACCAGCACCACUACGACCAGCAACAACACUCAAACCAUCACCUCUGUGGAGCGCGCAGCACGCACCAUCAACGAUGCAUUGGCGCAAGAAGCACGCUUCCCCGAACUGGAGAGCUACAUCACGCAGGGCAUCAGCGGGGAAUAUGACAUGCCAUCGACACCCGCGUGGAUGCCAUUUCAAAAGUUGAAGCAAUAUGAUAUACCGCCAAAGCUGCUCGAACAAGUCAAUCACACCGGCGUUGGCGUGCUCAUGGGCAUCUUCGCACCCCUUGGUCACGCAUGGAUCGCGCUGGACAACUGCCUAUAUCUCUGGGACUACACCCUCCCAAAUCCAGACAUUGUCGGGUGGGAAGAGAAUGUCCAUCCCAUCACGGCCAUCAAGCUGGUCAAGCCGAAACCUGGAGUCUUUGUCAAAGAGAUCGAGCAUCUAAUUGUGGUGGUCACCAGCGCUGACAUGACACUGCUUGGUGUCGCGACGGAUACAACGGAAACAGGAGCGAGGACGGUCGCGCUGUACAGCACUCGCAUGUCCAUCAAUGUGAGGGGCCUGGGUGUGGAUUUCGUGGAAGCCUCGAACAAGUCUGGCCGCAUCUUCUUCGUGGGCAGUCAAUCCGACGACAUCUACGAGUUCCAAUAUCAACAGGACGAAGGCUGGUUUCGCGGUCGAACGUCCAGGAUCUGUCAUACCAAAACUCAGUUCGCUUUUGUACAAGGCAACAUUUCAGCUGUCGGGCAAUAUUUUGGCCCCCAACGCACCCGAAGGCUCGUCCGGCAGCUGGUCAUUGAUGAUUCAAGGGGUCUAAUGUUCUCUCUCAGCAACAACAGCGAGAUUACGGUGUACAUCAUCAAAGCACAUGACCUCCAGGAAUGCUUCAUGAGGCCGAAAAGCUCAUUGCUCCAAAACACUGGACACUUCAGCCCAAGAACAGACCUGCUCGAUGAGAAGAAGAUCAAGUUCGUGUCAAUCAGCGGGCUGCCAAGUUCAGAAACCAGCAGAGUAAGCCUCAUGGCAACGACAGACAAUGGGUGCAGACUCUACCUCUCAGUCACACACCGCUAUGGCUACCCGGCGGACGAGCGCAACGCACCCACCAGCAUGCAAAUCUUGCACGUCCGCUUUCCUCCACGAGAUCCGAGCAGCAUUCCGCAAACACAAACUCCUCAGCAGCAGCCCCAGACGGCAUUUGGUACGCCGGCGAGCAACGUAGAUACCACGUCUCGUCUGCUCACAGUCACCGAAACCGCCUACCGCUUCCCCCCGGGCUAUUUCUUGUCCUUCAUCCAAGAUGCAACCCGACCCGAUCGACAUCGCGUCUUCUGCUCUGCGCCGGAUUCUGCACGGCUGAAGAAUCCUCAAGACAACACACAGCUCAACCAACGCUUUGCCGAGUUUGCAAUGCUGAUGGAUCUGCCCGGACUUCUGCAACAAGUUGCGCCCAUCACAGCCACAUCGGGAGCAACGACUACACCGCUGGGAUUUGGGAACGAAUUGGCAGAGCAAUUUGGGAAGGACAGCACCGAGAUCGCGAUUGUCACAUCGACGGCGAUCCAAACUAUUCGUCGGCGAAGACUCGUCGAUAUAUUCGCUGCCAUUAUGCGGUACGGAUCUGCUGAUGACGAAGGCCGUGAGGGUGACGUUAAACGCUUCAUUCGUUUGUAUGGUCGGACUGAGACCGCGGCGUCUGCCCUUGCCGUCGCAUGUGGCCAGGGCAAAGAUGUGACGUCCGACUCCCGCCUGAACGGCGUCAGCGACCCGCAAAUCAUCGAAGGAGCGAGGAGAGUGUUCAUCGAGCAUGGAGGCAAACCAGAAACCAAUGCCAACGCGCUCACCGAGAACAGUGGCUCGCAGCUUGACAAUGUUCGUCCCAGCCCCCGUCAUGAGGGCAUGGUGCUUUAUGUCUCGCGCUUGGUGAGGGACAUCUGGAGAGCGACUGUCGUUCGGGAAGAGGCGCUGCCAGGUGAGGGCCCUAAAUUGCAGCCAAACGUUCAACCGAACACCUUGAAGAGCGUGCAAGAGGCCCUAAACGCCCUAUCCGACUUCCUCCAACGCAACAAAACUUUCAUCGAAGGGUUGGCAGGCCCACAAGCUGCGAGUCGAAUCACGAAUCGUCAAGACGAAAUCGCCAUGCAGGGCGAACAUCGAGCCAUGCAUAGUCUGGUAGAGCUCGUCUCCAGCAUCAUCGAAGGCAUCUCCUUCGUCCUUGUCUUGUUUGACGAAUCCGUGCACGACAUCAUCAACACCCUCGGGGAGGAGAGCCGUGGGCGAGCGAAAACCCUCACCUUCGAAGCGCUCUUUGUGACCGCUGCCGGCCGCAACCUGGCAAAGGAGCUGGUCAAGGCCAUCGUCAAUCGCAACAUUGCAAAUGGCAGCAAUGUCGACACUGUCGCCGAUGCGUUGAGAAGGAGAUGCGGUAGCUUCUGUAGUGCAGAUGAUGUCGUAAUCUUCAAGGCGCAGGAGCAGGUGAAGCGUGCAUCAGAGGCUGGUAGCCAAAGUGAGACGGGCCGGGUGCUUUUGAACGAGAGUCAGCGCCUGUUUCAGAAAGUCGCGGCGAGCUUGAGCAUGGAGCAUCUGCACUGGGCGAUCGAGCAGUACGUUCAAAUGGCUUUCUACGCUGGCGCCAUCCAGCUGUGUUUGAUUGUUGCCGGCGAGCGAGAUCGCGGGCGGAGGGCGUUGGCAUGGCUGAAGGAUGGCAAGCCGGAGGGUGAUGCUCGGAAAGAGGCCUUUGAUGCGAGGAAGCAGUGCUAUGAAUUGGUGUUCGCCACGAUCCAGGAACUCGACAAGGAAACGGCGGCUUCCCCGGAGACGAUGGACGGCAAAAAUACGAUUGCCGCGAAAAGGCGGAAUGAAGCAUACGACGUUGUCAACAGCUCUGAAGACACUGUCUUCCAGACGUGCCUCUACGAUUGGUAUGUGAGCAUCGACCAAGCGGAUCGCUUGCUGGACGUCGACUCUCAGAAUGUGGUGGAGUACCUCAAACGCCGCUCACAGGAAGAUCGAAAUCAUGCGGACCUGCUUUGGAGAUACUACGCCCACCACAAUGACUUCCUACAGGCCGCGUCUGUGCAGCUUGACCUUGCACGCGGAUUUUUUGAUCUCACCCUGGAAGAGCGAAUUGAGUAUCUGAGUCGCGCGCGCACCAACGCCAGCACGAGACAGACGGCGCUGAUGGACUCGCGACAAAGCAAACAACAACUCCUGCGCGAGAUCUCCGAUCUCUUGGACGUCGCCAACAUUCAGGACGACAUCCUCCAGCGCAUGAAAUCCGACCCUCGCCUGUCCGGCGACCGGCGCUCGCAAGUCCUCCGCAGCCUCAACGGACCCGUGCUUCCCGUCGACGAGCUCUUCAACCAAUACGCAGACCAAGCCAGCUACUGGGACAUCUGCCUCGUCAUCUACCAAGUCGCGGACCACCGCAACCCCGCGGACAUCAAAGCCUCCUGGCAAAGCCUGAUCGACCAAAUCGACGACCAAGCGCGCGCCCAGUUCGGCAAGCAGGCGCUCGCAUGGGAAAGCGUAGGCGAGAAAGUGCGCGAGCUCGGGCGCCGGCUGAACGUCAACGACGCCACCUUCCCCAUUCAGACGCUCGUCCCCAUGCUCGAGCGCUACUUCAUCGAGCCGCGCGAGAACAAGCCCCCGCUCACCUGGGUGCCGGAUCUCUUCCUCGACCUCGACAUUCCCCACGAGACGCUCCUGCCCGUCAUGGAGCAGAUGUACUACGGCAACGAGCACCCGUUUACGGGCGCGAAGCGCAAACUCCUGGCGGCGCAGAUGGUGUAUUUGCUGCAGCGGUGGGUGAAGGAUAGCGAGCGCAAGGGCGAGCGGGUGCCGUGUGGCAGCGCGGAGAAUGCGAGUGUCGUGGCGGAUGCGGCGGCGAGUCUGAUGCGCAGUGGGGAUUUGGAUGCGGAGACGAAGAAGACGGCGGAGAGUUUGACUUCGAUUGUGCAGCGGGCUUUGCGGUGAGGUGGGAGAUUUGGGGAAUGCGUGUGAUGUGGGUUUGUUGGAAACAGGUUCACGCGAAGACUGGUCGUGGAGCUAUGGAGGUUCUGUCUAUCGGAUAGGAAAAGGAAGCGUGCAAAUUUCGAGCAUGGCGUGGGCGUUACAUUUGACCUGGGAAUAGCGAUUCAAACAUGCUCACGCUCCCAGCCUCGCUUGCUCGUAUCUC